AUGCCCAAACCACGUGUGACUUUCUUCAAAACAAAGCCUCCCAAUCCUGAUCAACUUGGCGGUUUUCCCGAACUCUCCAUAAAACAAGGUCAGAAAGUUAUAUUUUUGAACGUCCAUGAACAUGAAACCUUGUGGUGGAACAUAAGAGAUGUAAACAGUGGAAAAUGUGGGUACAUCCCUGGAUCUUAUCUUAUGCUAGGUCACAAAUUUGUUGCAGUUUCUCUUUCAAUAGAAAUUUCAUCAUUUUCUUACAGCCUAUGGGAGUACCAACUCUCCAACUUCAACACAACUAAAACAUUAUUAUAUUGUGAAAUCUGUGACAAACAGCUUAAUGGACCUAAGCCAUACCAAGCCCAUAUGGUUAGCAAGGCACACAAGGAGGAAGUUGCAGCACAGUCUUCAUGAAAAUGAUGAACCCCAUGCAUAAAGAGAUGUCCUAAGUUCAUUGGCAAAAGUCUUAUCAUAUAUUUGUGUUUGAUUCAGACUAUAAAAAAAAUCAUUACUUGUUGUUUAAUAUAAAUGCUAAACAUAUCUCACCUCAACCUUUUUCCGUAAUAAUGUUAUCAACUUUCAAUGUGGCAAAAAAUAUAUCCAAUCAAUUACUAUCACAUGAAAAACACCAUAUUUUUUACUUUACUAACAUGUAACAUGGCAUAAAAUAUUGUACAAUAAAUUACUAUAUGGCCAUAAUACAAAGCCUGCUUAACUAACAAACAAACUUAUUAAACACCUUAGCCACAUAAUUUUAUGCUAAUCAAAUGUUACAUCAAUAACAAUUUAGUUGAAUGUAAAAUUAAUAUAUACAAAACAAAUUACAUUUCGAUAAAUCAAA